GCCAGGUCGGCGGCAUCCCCGUUUCUUUCUUUUCCCUCCCAACUCUUUCGAGAGGUUUCUUCUGGAAAGUAGAGGAAGACUGGAAGAGGGGAGGGCACGGCGGAAGGGGAGAGGAAGAAAGAGGCGCAGUUACUGUUGGGUUCAGUAUGGAUCAGGUAGAUCAUCUUAAGGGCUGCACUGACGUUGGCCUCUCUAAAGAUGGUAUGAGGAACUCUGGAGGAGCCAACAAAUGGAGUGGAACAGCAUAUGAAGAAAAGAAAGCUGCCGUUCAAGCUGAAGUGGCUAGAGUCAACCAACUUCCUUCCAAUAGCAGCUAUGCAGUACAUCGCAUGCGGGUGCUGAACAAACUUUUACAUCUUAUGUCCAUUCAAAUGACUGCCUCUCAGGAAGAGGAGUUGGAACUUCUUUUUGCAAGCCUUUCUCUGUGAAAAUAAUGAGGAAGAGCAUCAUAUCUACGCACUGGUAAGUUCUAACCCGGUUAUCUGCAUUAGUCUCUAGUGGUAGUCUCAUCUUAUUUUGAAAGAAGUGAUAUGAUAGGGCUGCAAAUAGUGUUCACCAUUGUAAAUAAUUCCUACUGAUUGCCGAUUUUUGUAUCUUACCGGUUGUUAUUUCAAUGCUUGAUCUCUCCAAAAUUAUUGACAAAUUAUGCAACUUGCUUAAAGCGACUCCCUGCAAUUUCUUAAUGUUAAAUCUUGGUUUG